AUGUCCUAUAAUGAACGACCGAACUAUAUAUCGCAAACGCCACACAGGGCACCUAUCAAGGAAUUUAAAUCACAGAGUACCAUCCCUUCUCACACAUCUUUCACUAACUCACCACAAUGUGCCAUGUCGGAACAACAAAAUCCAAAGAAAAUCUAUCAGUUUUCAUUCAUGAAGGAAACUUCUUCAUCCAUACAAAGGAGACAAAACUCAACAAGAAGCCCAUUCGUAUCCAAUUCUUAUGCAUCACAACUUAUGAGACCAUCAGCGGCAUCAUCAUCAUCAUCAUCAUCAAUAACAACAACAGCAGCAGGAGUAGCAGCAGGAGCACCAGCAGGAGCACCACCACUAGCACCACCACCACCACCAACAACAACAACUCCAUCCAUAGGUACCUCUUCAGCAGCUAAAAAGAGACUCGAGUAUUCACGGCAUUUGUCACAUACUGUGCGGACAAGGCGGCAUCCCUUUGCAAACAGUAGCAGCAACAGCAACAGUCAUACUUUAAAGAAGCCUAGCGACAUAACUAAUAUCCGUGAUUUUAAUGGGGACUUUGGAGGAGUUACAGCCUCAGCAGUAGCGCAAAGAACAACACCAGAAGUAGCAAGGGUAACAAGAUCGCCGAAUAUACCAGAUAAAAUAGGAGCAUCUGAAGCAUCUGAAGCAUCUGGAACAACAAACAAACUACUGCCGUGUUUCAGAGAUAAUUAUCAUAACGACGACAAAAUGGAUAUUUCCCCUAUAAAGUUCAAAACUACAGGCCAAUUUAAUAGUAAACCCUUUAUACAAAAUCAGCCACAGAAUGUAUUUCAACGGCUUUAUUCUCCAAGAAAACCAAUACGUGAAGUAGAGAUCCGAGGAGCUGAGAGCCCACCACGUAUUCAAACACCACGAAGAGUCACGAGCAGGCCCAAAAUUGAAAGUUAUAUUCAACUAAAUCAAAUAUUAUACCAGCGAGACCCCGACUUGUUUACAGAUUACACCAUUUCAGUGAGCCCCGAAGUAGAGCCAGGGCUGUUAAAAGCGCCUUUGCAGGCAAAGGAUAUAUCGCUCAACAAUCUCAAUAUAUACGAAAGAGGUGAAGUCUUGAGGAAAGAAAAGGUUUAUUAUGUACCACAAGCAUCACUGCGAGAAAUAAAUUUAACGAGCUAUGAAGAUAAUUUCGGUUUUGAUGAUAGUAAUGGGAACUACAAAGUAAUUCCUAAUGACCACAUUGGGUACCGAUACCAAGUUUUACGAAACAUUGGUAAUGGUUCAUUUGGUAACGUUGUUUUGGCGAGGGAUCAUAAAUUUGUCGGUAAUAGUCUUGUAGCGGUCAAGAUUAUCAAUAACAACUUGAGCUCAUCAAUGCAGUCUGUAAACGAGAUCAAGAUGUUGAAAUUGAUAAGAGAUAAUGGUGGUCACCCUAAUGUGAUUAACUUUUAUAAUCAGUUCAAUUUCAGGAGCCAUGUUUGCAUUGCAACAGAAUUACUUUCACUUAACUUAUACUCCUUACUCGAAAUAACAAAAUUCCAAGGACUCUCUGUAAGUUUGAUUGAGCCAUUUGCACGCCAAAUAUUGCAAGGUCUAAGAUUCCUUCAUAACCUAAAAAUCAUCCACUGCGAUAUAAAGCCAGAGAAUGUGAUGCUAAAACUUCCAAGUGACCCAUUGUCUUCGAAUAUAACCGUUAAGCUAAUUGAUUUUGGGUCAUCAUGCUUUUACAAUGAAAAAACUUUUACAUAUAUUCAAUCUAGGUUUUAUAGAGCACCAGAGAUUAUCAUUGGAGCCGAUUACGAUAGCAAAAUUGAUAUAUGGUCUGUUGGAUGUGUCCUUGCUGAGUUAUUUACCGGAGCGCCAUUGUUCCCUGGUAAAAAUGAAAUUGACCAAGUUGGCUUAAUAUUGGAAAUUUUGGGUGCUCCAAAGUCCUCCACAAUAUUAAAGUUGCGGUCUCAGCAAUCCAAAUCUUUGCAAGUUUUUUCGACAAAGAACAUAGAGUCGAUAAAUAAAUUUCCAAGCACCAGUCAGUUGAAAAAGACAUUGUUGUACAGAAUAUUUGACAUAAAUGGCAAAAUCAACAUGAACAUUUUGAACCACUAUAAGGCGUCCACUACCGAUCCCUACAGCGCGAAGAAACAAUUUCGCCUAAAUUCAAAAAGUUUGGAAAUGAGUUUGGGUAUUAGCACAGCGAGUUCGAACCAUUCCUUAAAGAGAAAACAGUUUUUGGAGUUUUUACAAAAGAUGUUUGUAUGGGACCCCACCGAAAGGGCGAGUGUCGAUGAUUUGCUAAACGAAGUUUUCAUCCAUUGA